AAAUGAUUAUGAUAUGGGACCUUUAAGGGUAACACCGGGUUUGUGAAUAAUUUCCUACACUGCUUCAAUGGUAAGGAAUCUCCAUGGCAACCGCGGUGUUUAGACGAUCGGUUGCUUGGCAACAUCGCGUACGUGAAAGAUUCUUCCGCUCGUACAAGCCGCCAGGUUUGCUUUUCGCUCUUCAGUUUGUAAAACAGUUUAAGUAGCCGAGUGUAACUGAAAUGUAAUUGAAGUGUAACUGCAGUUUAAGUGCAGUGUAACUGAAGUGUGAGGAGGGAAGUGUUCCUCAGACAUCCAGAACCAUUUGAAAGCCUUCUCUUUGUAUGUUCGGGAGGCUGCUAGCAGCUAACGGUAGUCACCUGCAGAACACUAAAGAAGAUGUUGGCAACAGAGGAAACAGCCCAGAAACCAAGUCCUGUUUCCUGAAUGUGGUAACGCUAGUGCUAGCUCAGACUCCAACAGAACCCCGGUCCCGGUGCUCUGCUGCAGAGGGACGUUGUUCUGCUCUGUGAGCUACAGGAACUAACUAGUGAACUAACAGGUAAUAGGGUAGACAUUGGACCUACUGAAUGGCAAAAGGAAGACGUUCUCUGGCACUGUACUUUUCUGUGAGAGGCAGCCGAGGAUGCCUGUGAGAGAUUCAACCCUCAACACCUCACAGUUGGAGAUUGGAGAUUGGAGAUCAACCAUGGCUGUCUCUGCUAUCAGGAAUUGGUGGAAUACCCACCAGCUGGACAAAUCGGACACCAAUGACUCAGAGGAAGACGAGGAGGAAUUAGCAGGGAGGAGGCAGUUAUCUCUGAACCUGAGUCAGACUCUGCGGACCAGGCAGCUGCUCAUAGACUUCGAUGGUGGCCGACCUAUAUUGAGUCUCCGGGCACCGCUGGACCUGGUUACCUUUCCAUCUAUCUCCUGCCCCCGUUGGCCCAUAGAGUGUGACGUCAUCGGCGACAUCAUCCAUCACAUAGAGUGGGACCCCCCCGAGCCAGAGCCUUUCUACCAGCCCACAGGACAUGAGAGGACACCCAUGCCAGCAGGAGAGGAGAGGAAGAAAGUGGUAUAUUGCACUGACUAUGCCACUAAGAGGCCCUAUUUCACCUGCUCCCGUGUCGGAGGAAGCAGGGGGCCCAUUAAGAGCGCCACUUCUUAUGACAAUCAGACAGACUUCACCCUUGAGUUUGAGUCACGCUUUGAAAGUGGGAACCUUCAGAUGGCUGCGCAAGUGGGUGUCUAUGACUAUGAGCUCACCUUGCGUACAGACAUGUACACCAGAAAGCACACGCAGUGGUUUUACUUCAGGGUCAGGAACAUGAAGGCCGGAGUGUCAUACUGCUUCACCAUCAUCAACCUGAUGAAAAGCAGCAGCCUGUAUUCUCAGGGCAUGAGACCACUCCUCUACUCGGAGAGGGCGGCCAACGAGAAAAGUGUUGGAUGGCAACGUGCCGGCUCCAAUAUCGGAUACUACCGCAACGGUAGUCAGAAUACAAAGGACAACAACGACGACACAAUCACCCUGUGCUCACUCACCUGGACCCUCCAGUUCCCUUAUGACUCCGACACCUGCUACCUGGCCCACUGCUACCCCUACACCUAUUCCCACCUGCAGCGCUACCUGAGGUGCAUUACUUCCAACCCAGCAGUUGCGUCGUACUGUACACUGCGGGUGCUGUGCCACAGCCUUGCUGGGAACGCAGUGUAUGUGGUGACAAUAACGUCCCGGGGGGUCGGCAGGGAGGAGGGUAAAACCAAAAAGGCUGUGGUGGUGACGGCCAGAGUGCACCCCGGAGAAACCAAUGGAUCCUGGAUGAUGGAGGGGCUCCUAGACUUCUUGCUCGGGGACUCAGAAGAUGCCCAGCUGCUCAGGGACACUUUUGUUUUUAAGGUGGUGCCAAUGCUGAACCCAGAUGGUGUUGUAGUGGGCAAUUACCGCUGCUCUCUGGCAGGCAGGGACCUCAACAGAAAUUACAAGACAUUGCUGAGGGAUUCCUUCCCCUGUGUGUGGCACACCCGAAACAUGGUGGAAAGGCUGAUGGCUGAGACGGAUGUAGUUCUUUACUGUGACUUUCAUGGCCACAACCGUAAAAACAAUGUCUUCAUGUACGGUUGCAACAGCCGUGGUGAUGCUUCGCUGAAGCUUCACGAGAGAGUCUUUCCACUAAUGAUGAGCAAGAAUGCCAGUAAUAAGUUCUCCUUUAACAGUUGUAAGUUUCGGGUGCAGAAGAGCAAAGAGGGAACAGGACGAAUCGCCAUGUGGAAACUUGGCAUCAAAAACAGCUACACUAUGGAGGCCACCUUCGGAGGCUCCACUCUGGGCGACAGGAGAGGAACACAUUUUACUACUCGAGACCUGAAGUCCCUCGGCUUUUACUUCUGUGACACCCUGCUGGACUACUGUGACCCAGAUCCAACAAAGACCACUUACUGUCUAACAGAGCUGGCAGCGCUGUUGACAAAGGAGGUCAGAGAGAGGCUGGGCAAGGAUGUUGGCACUGACUGCAACUUCUCUGUGUCUGACCUGGAAACCAGCACCAGUGGUUCAAAUAGUUCCGAUUCUGACGGACUCCCAGUUCAUCUACUGAACCAGCCACAAACUGUCCAUCCAGAGAGUCCCACCCACCGAAUCAGUCCUGGUCCGAUCCACGAUCCCCCCCUCCCCCCAAUGUUAAAAUUAACAAAUCGCCUACUGCUCCAAACUUCAAUGAAAGAAAAGAAAAAGAAACGCUUGAAGAGUUGUAAAGAGAGGAACAGGCUGCAGGCAGAGAGAGUGAAGAAUAGUACACAGCCAAAGGUCCUGCAGCGCCGCAUAAAAGAUACUGAGUCCAACCUGCCCCAUGAGGACACAGUUAAAGAGAGCAUCCCAGAGAGGCCUGUUGGAGCACACAGGAAGAAAUGGCAGGUGAACGGCCUGAUAAGAAAAGCUGUGAUUCCUCCUCCCAACGCUCACCCUGGGGAGGUCAGUCAGGUGACUCUAUGGCAGGGCUGCAAGCCUGUCAAGGACGAAGGAAACAUGAAAGCUGCAGGCCCGCGUCACAGGGUAACAGCUUGUCCACAUCUCAGCACAUACACGGCUGUGUCACCUCACACAGAUGACCUGGGGAUGUAUACAGGACAGUGGGAAUGCUCCUCCCAGCUGCUGCACCUGAGUGCUCUCCUUCCACCUUCACCGAAUGUCAUACACUCCAACCAGCAGCAGCACCGCUGCCCCCGGCAAUCCCUCGUGUCCUGUAAAGUCUACAGAGGGCUGCCACCUUCCCUUACAGCGCCUCACAGGUCCCCCUCAUCCAUGUACAUCCAGAUGGUUCCAGACAUUGUUCCAACAAAGCACUUGUUGUCAAAUUUCACCACCCACAAGUUCAACGACCAGCAUGUUUUAAGAGACAGAAACUCUUCACGUGUCUUGGAUCGUUACUCCAUCUCCCAUGCAGACACGACCAAGACUGAAUGGCAGAAUGAGGAACAGGAAGAAGUGGGGUUGUCCCUGUUGAGACGUAUACCACUUAGAGAGCAGAGCCAGAGAGAUCUCACUCCUGACAUCCCCCGGAGAGAAACUGAAUCACGCAGCAGUUUAUUUGUGCCUGUUCUGAGGGGCACAGACCUGAGAGGAAAAAGAAUAUGCAAAGAGACUUGGGAGGACAAAAGGCACCCGGGUGUUUUAUCCCCUGUGUCAAAGCCUUCAGGCCUCAUGAAGAUGGAACUUCCACGUCCACAGAGCGACGCCCUCGGUAAGCUUCAUGCUAAGGGCAUCGGGCACUAUCACUGUGGAAGAGAAAGCCAAAUAAGUCCGACAGCGGUCACAAGAUCAUCCCAGUCUGCCCUGCUGUAGGGCACAAGUAAAACUCUCUAGAAAUAGUCUUAAAAAUCACAUUCAAAUGGAGAUCUUUGAUGUUUUUGCACAAUGUUAACAACAAUGCUAAAUCUAGUGUUGAUAUUGUUGAGGGCAAGAUUUGUAGACAACAAAUGACUACAAUGUUACAUUAGCUGCCUAAUAAAUUAUGCACAGGC